AACUUCGUCCUUGCCCUCUGUGGUCUUACAAAAAGCAACGUUAUUCGUUACCAACAACGUAGCCUUUUCUGCCUUGGAACAACACGUCACUGUCUUCCUCUUCUUCUGACCUGGAAACGGUACUGUUACAAAAAGCUUUUCUUUUCUCUCUCCCAUCUCCAAAGAAACGCACUUUUUCUUCACCGUGAAAAGGGAGUGGCUUUAUCAUUUCUUUGAAUUCACCAUCUCUCUUGAUUCGCUUCUUUACGAUCUUUCAUUCAAUACCGAGACCCGGAUUUUCUUUUCCUCAAUUCCCAAUCAAAAUUCAGUAUUACCCAGAAACAAAUUUUCAUUUUUCUUUUUUAUCAUGCUUUUCUUGAAACUUUUCCUUCUCUUUUCCUUCUUCUCCUUCACUUUCUCUCUCGAGACCUUCAACUCCCACCUUCUCCCAAGACCACUAAUCAUACGAUACCCAGAAGACAUCGAGACCCAGUUCGAGAAAAUCGAUGAAGAGCUCAAGUUACAGUGUACGAGCUGGAGAUUUGCUGUGGAAACCAACAAUUUGAGUCCCUGGAAGACAAUACCGGAGGAAUGUGUGGGCUAUAUUAAAGAGUAUAUGACGGGUCGAGGUUAUAAAGUGGAUCUCGAAAGGGUUUUGAAUGAGGCUGGGGUUUACGCCAAGAGCGUGGAGCUGAGUGGAGAUGGAAAAGAUGUUUGGGUGUUUGAUAUUGAUGAGACUUUGUUAUCCAAUCUUCCUUAUUAUGUUGAGCAUGGUUAUGGCUUGGAGAUUUUUGAUCCUGUUGAGUUCGAUAAGUGGGUUCAGAGGGGGAUGGCACCAGCAAUAGAGCCCAGCCUGAAGCUUUAUGAGAAGGUUUUAAAUUUGGGCUUCAAAGUUUUCUUACUGACUGGGAGAAGUGAAAAGCAAAGGUCUGUUACGAUUGAAAAUUUAACCAAAGCAGGGUUUCAGAGCUGGGACAAGCUUAUUUUAAGAGACUCCGAAGACCAUGGCAAGCUAGCAACAGUAUUUAAGUCAGAGAAGAGGAGUAAGAUGGUAGAAGAGGGAUAUAGGAUUCUGGGUAACUCUGGGGAUCAAUGGAGCGAUUUACUGGGCUGCGCUCCUUCCAUUCGAUCAUUCAAGUUACCGAAUCCUAUGUAUUACAUUCCCUAACGAACCGCCUUUGUUUUCAGAUAUCAAGUAUGAAUAAUUGUCUAUCCAGCAGGAAUCUUAUUCUUGUAGCUUGUAAAUACAUUCAAAUCCACAACUGUUAUCAUGCCUGCUCAUUAACUGUACUGCAAUACACUCAAGUAAUUAACAAAAAGAAAAUGUGAUUCAUCAUAUGUUAUCUUCCCACUAUAGUUUUCCAGUAUAGUAUUUUGGUUAGGGGGAUAUCAUAUAUUUACUAAUUGUAGACAAACAAGGAAAAUGAAGAAACCAAACUUCGGAUUUCCAAGUUCCAGAGUCUGCAAAAAAUUUACAACCAGCAGAAAGAAAUGGUCUUUAAACAAUUCAAUUUCUUUUUUUUUUGGUUUGGGACUCAUCAGUCGUGAUGUUAUUCUAUGAGAUUGUGCUGUUGAUCAAAGAAAAAGUGCCAAACAAAACAUGAGUUGGAUUGGAUGGUGUUCUUAAUUGUUGAAAGAGAGACUUACAAUGUCUCGAUAGUUACUUCGUGUAGACACCAAAUUUAUCCGAAAUACAGUGAAUCAGGCUUUUGAUUUAAAUUUACAAGCUCAAGUUUUUUUGUCGAAGUUCGAUUUCGAUUGUUUAAGCUCAAAACUC